AUGGAAUCACCUGCUGGUUGUCUAAGAGACACAUCUAUCGUUGUUGUCACGUUGGACUCAAGUGAAGUGUACAUUAUAAUCAGUUUGUCUACUAGAACUGAUACUCAGGUUAUCUAUAUUGAUCCAACGACUGGGGCUCUUCGUUAUACUGCAAAGCAUGGAUAUGAUGUUUUCAAAUCCCAAAAUGAAGCAUUUGAUUAUAUCACCUGUGGGUCAAAAUGGCUAUGUAAGAGUAUGACCCAUGCACAAGCUAUACUAGGCUAUGCAGCCCUUGGCAGCUUUUCCGUUUUGCUGCUAGCGACAAGGUUGGCUGCCAGUAUACCAAAUUUACCCGGUGGAGGGCGUGUUUUCACUGUUACUGAGAGCCAGUGGAUUAAAAUUUCGCUUCAGAAUCCUCAACCACAGAGCAAAACCGAAAUUAAGAAUAUUCAAGAACUGACUGAGCUUGAAAUUGAUGGGAAACAUUACUUCUGUGAAACUAGGGACAUAACUCGACCUUUCCCAAGUCGUAUGCCAGUGCAUAGUCCUGAUGACGAAUUUGUUUGGAAUAAAUGGUUCUCAAUGCCUUUCAGGAACAUCGGGCUUCCGCAGCACUGUGUCAUUCUUCUACAGGGCUUUGUUGAAUGUAAGACUUUUGGUAGCCAUGGCCAGCAGGAGGGAUUUGUCGCACUUACUGCUCGUCGUAGUAGGUUGCAUCCUGGAACUCGAUACUUAGCUAGGGGUAUAAACUCAUGUUAUGGCACAGGUAAUGAAGUUGAAUGUGAACAACUUGUCUGGGUUCCCAAAAGAGCUGGUCAAAGUGUUCCUUUCAAUACUUACAUUUGGCGCAGAGGCACCAUACCUAUUUGGUGGGGAGCUGAACUAAAACUUACUGCCGCUGAAGCAGAAAUAUAUGUAUCAGAUCGUGAUCCUUACAAAGGAAGUGCAGAGUAUUAUCAGAGGUUGUCUCAAAGAUAUGAUGCGAGAAAUCUGGAUGUAGCUGUUGGGGGUCAGAAAAAGAGUGCUUUGGUUCCAAUUGUGUGCGUCAACUUACUACGAAAUGGAGAAGGGAAAUCAGAGUCUAUUUUAGUUCAGCAUUUUGAAGAAUCUCUAAAUUAUAUUCGCUCCACUGGAAAACUUCCUUAUACUCGAAUUCAUUUGAUAAAUUAUGAUUGGCAUGCUAGUGUGAAACUAAAAGGUGAGCAGCAAACAAUUGAAGGACUUUGGUAUCUUUUGAAGGCACCUACGGUUUCAAUUGGAAUUUCCGAGGGAGAUUAUUUGCCAUCACGCGAAAGGAUUAAUAAUUGUAAAGGGGAAAUAAUCUAUAAUGAUGACUAUGACGGUGCUUUCUGCCUAAGGUCACACCAAAACGGUGUCAUACGUUUCAACUGUGCUGACUCAUUGGACAGAACAAAUGCUGCUAGUUUCUUUGGUGCACUGCAGGUUUUUAUGGAGCAGUGUAGACGAUUAGGUAUAUCACUGGAUAGUGAUUCUGCAUAUGGCUAUCAAUCACCUGGUAACAAUGCUGGUUAUGUUGCUCCAUUGCCUCCUGGGUGGGAGAAAAGGUCUGAUGCAGUAACUGGGAAAACAUAUUAUAUUGAUCACAACACUAGGACUACUACCUGGAAUCAUCCUUGUCCAGAUAAACCUUGGAAAAGGUUUGACAUGUCCUUUGAGGAAUUCAAGAGAUCAACUAUCUUAUCUCCUGUUUCUCAGUUGGCUGAUAUUUUCUUAGCUGCUGGUGACAUUCAUGCAACAUUAUAUACGGGGUCCAAAGCCAUGCACAGCCAAAUACUUAGCAUUUUUACUGAAGAAGCUGGCAAGUUUAAACAGUUCUCUGCUGCACAGAAUAUGAAGAUCACCCUACAGAGAAGAUAUAAGAAUGCAGUUGUAGAUAGCUCCCGUCAGAAACAAUUGGAGAUUUUUUUGGGGCUAAGGCUUUUUAAACAUUUUCCUUCCACCGUGAUCCAUCCCUUACUUGUUCCUUCACGUCCCUUUGGGUGCUUUCUGAAACCAGUUCCAAGCAUGUUUGCAUCUUCUGAUGGUGGAGCCAGUCUUUUGAGUUUUAAAAGAAAAGACCUUAUAUGGGUUUCUUCACAAGCUGCUGAUGUGGUUGAGCUCUUUAUCUAUCUUGGAGAGCCUUGUCAUGUUAGCCAGCUUCUUCUCACUGUUGCACAUGGUGCUGAUGAUACAACAUUUCCAUCAACAGUUGAUGUGAGAACCGGCCGCUAUCUGGAUGGGCUUAAACUUGUUCUUGAGGGAGCUUCUAUUCCUCGAUGUGCAAAUGGUACAAACAUUGUGAUACCAUUAACUGGACCCAUCAGCCCAGAAGAUAUGGCAGUAACUGGGGCAGGUGCACGCUUACAUGCACAGGAGUCCUCUAGCCCAUCCAUGUUAUAUGAUUUUGAAGAACUGGAAGGACAACUGGAUUUUCUUACACGUGUUGUUGCAGUUACAUUUUACCCUGCGGUGCCUGGAAGAGGGCCAAUGACACUUGGCGAGGUAGAGAUCCUUGGAGUUUCUCUACCAUGGAGGUCAAUUUUUUCUCAUGAAGACAAUGGUGCUAGGUUUAUUGAAAGUAUAAAUGAUCAUCGAAGGCCAAUGAACGCUUUUGGUGCUGCCAUAACAAAUGAUAAAAAUACUCUAUUUUUUCAAUCAGAAUCAUCUGCCAACUCGUUAGUGGACUUGUUGACUGGAGAAAUAACAAUUGCAGACUCUGUAGCACCACCAGCUGCAGAAGCUGUCAUUCAUGGGGGAAGUGACUUACUUGACUUCUUGGAUGAUGUUACUGCUCAGCCAGCUACUGGUACAAACAGUCACUCCAUUACUGCAGCAUCUCAGGAGCCUUCAGAUAAUGGUUCUCAACAGUACAUUAGAUUGUUAAAACUUCUUGCAGGACCUCAUUGGCAGGAAAGAAGGUUAGGUUUCAUGGAAGCUAUGAAAUUUGAAAUAGAGCGUCUGAAGCUGAAUCUUUCUGCCGCUGAAAGAGAUCGAGCCCUCUUAUCAAUUGGGGUCGAUCCUGCUAGCAUUAAUCCAAAUACAUUGCUUGAGGAUUCAUACAUGGGGAGAUUACACAGGGUGGCCAGCACAUUGGCAUUGUUCGGGCACGCUUCACUGGAAGAUAAAAUUACUGCUUCCAUUGGGCUUGGAACAUUUGAUAGAUGUUCCAUAGAUUUUUGGAAUGUUUCAGCAAUUGGGGAAAGGUGUUCAGGUGGUGCAUGCCAAGUUUGUGCCGAAACUGGGCUUGUUGGGGAUGGGUCAUUGACCUCAUCAUCAUCAGCAAAAUCGGAAUCCAUUUUUGUAUGUGUUGAUUGUGAGAGGAAGGUCUGCAGAAUUUGUUCUGCAGGAAAAGGUGCUCUUUUGCUUGCAGGCCAUAUCUCAAAGGAUAUUUCAGGUUACAACAACAUAACUAGCCAAGGAGGUUCAGUUGAUUCAUCUUCCAACCGCUUGCCAGCACUCGAUGGGAUUAUUUGUAAAGAAUGCUGCCCCGAAGUUGUACUUGACGCCUUGGUGCUGGACCUUGUUAGGGUCUUGAUUGGCCAACGAAGAAAUAAUAGGGCGGAUGCUGCUGCCGAGGAAGCAUUGAACCACGUGUUUGGAUUAUCCUCGAGAGAUUUACCCCUCAAAAGAGAUCACUUUUUAAAUAGUCAAGGAGCUGCUAAGGUCUUAAAGAAAUUAACAGAUGGAGAAGAAUCACUUGCAGAAUUUCCGUUUGCCAGUUUUUUACACCCGGUUGAGACUGCUGCAGGUUCAGCACCCUUCUUAUCUUUGGUUGCUCCUUUAAAUUCUGGAUCACAAGAGUCAUACUGGAGAGCUCCUCAUGAUGCCUCGUCUGUUGAAUUUGUCAUUGUGUUAAAUAAUAUUUCUGAUGUCUCUGGUGUUGUCCUUCUGGUCAGUCCAUGUGGUUAUUCAAUGUUCGAUGCCCCUACUGUACAAAUCUGGGUUAGCAGUAAACUAGAUAGGGAAGAACGAUUAUGCACAGGGAAAUGGGAUAUUCAAUCUCUCCUAAGAUCUUCAUCCGAACUUUGUGGGCCAGAGAGGUCCUUUGAAGAUGGUAAAGUUCCUAGGCAUGUCAAAUUUGCCUUCAAGAGCCCUUUUCGGUGCCGCAUCAUCUGGAUAACCUUGCGUUUGCCAAGAAUUGGAUCUAAUUCGGUCAAUUUCGAAAAUGAAUUUAACCUGUUGUCCAUGGAUGAAAACCCGUUUGCCCAAGUCGGCAGGCGUGCGUCUUUUGGUGGAGAAUUUGAUAGUGAACCAUGCAUUCAUGCUAAAAGAGUAAUAGUAGUUGGUACUGUAAGGAAAGAAAUAGGGACAUCCCCACAAGGGUCUGACCAAAUAAACGUGAGGAAUUGGUUAGAGAACCCUCCACAGUUGAACAGAUUCAAGGUUCCCAUUGAGGUCGAGCGAUUAAUAAACAAUGAUCUAGUCCUGGAACAAUUUUUAUCCCCUGCUUCGCCCCUUGUGGCUGGAUUUCGUCUGGAUGGUUUUAGUGCAGUAAAGCAUCGAGUGAACCAUUCGCCUUCCGCAAAUGUGGACACAGAGUGCAGAGACUAUCUUUUAGAUGAGAGGCUUAUUUCUCCUGCCGUGUUGUAUAUUCAAGUUUCCGCCCUUCAGGAGUCAAACAUGGUGACUCUUGCUGAGUAUCGGCUACCAGAAGUGAAACCUGGGACACCCAUGUAUUUUGACUUCCCCAGACAGAUAAGCACUCGUCGCAUAACAUUUUGUCUGCUUGGAGACAUUACUGCUUUCUCAGAUGACCCUUCAGAACAGGACAACUCCGAAUACAGAGCCCACCCAUGGGCUGUGGGCUUAUCACUCGCAAACAGAGUUAAAUUGUUCUACUAUGCUGAUCCAUACGAACUCGGCAAAUGGGCCAGCCUUUCUGCCAUUUGA